AUGAGCUUCGGAUUUGGAGUCGGCAUCCCCGGUCAACAAACUCCGUUGGUCGAAUACUGUGAGAAUGAGGAGACUCGGACAAUCUUGACCUGGCUGUCACCGAUCAGCCAUGCUCCACAGCAUAGUGACUAUAGAGAUCGGCGUGAGCCUGGGACUGGCAAGUGGGCCUUGGCGACGCCCGAGUUUCGGAGUUGGCUGAUGUCACCAAAGCAGACAUUAUACUGUCCAGGCGCUCCCGGUGCAGGCAAAACUAUCCUUGCGCCCAUCGUGGUCGAUGAGCUUUUCCUUCGGUAUCGGUCGAGCGACAAUGUUGGAAUCGCGUAUGUUUACUGCAACUACAAACGUCAGCAGGAACAGCAGUCUGCUCAGAUCCUUGCGAGCCUAAUACAACAGCUGGCUUAUAGAAAGCCCUCAUCGUUGGAAACAAUCAAGUUUGAGCAGAUCUUCAUUGUGAUUGAUGCCCUGGACGAAUUUCAGAUGCAAGAUGGUUCACGGAAUCGCGUGCUACAUGAGAUCUCCGCCAUCCAGGUCAGUCACAAUGUAAACCUUCCAGCAACAUCAAGAGAUAUUCCGGAUGCCACAGCUCUAUUCAACGGCCAGCCAGUAUUGGAGAUAAAUGCUCGUGAAGAAGACAUUGUGAAAUACCUUAAGAGCCACAUGAUUAGGCUACCAUCAUUCGUGGAAAAGAUCGCCCAAGGCGCUUAA